CAUAUCCCUCUGCACCAAGUCAGCGGGUUCUAUGGCAAGGGUCCCAAAAUGAAGCAGUUCAUGGAUAUCUUCUCUAUUCCCGAAAUGACUCUGCUGGCUUCCGCCAACGACUUCUUCAUCAGCAACAACAUAGACUACGACCCUGUGCAUCUUUACAAGGAUGUUUCGGACGCCAUUGGUAAUGUGCACAUCAAGGGCUACAUGUACAAGUGGAUCAUGCAGGAUCUAGAGAAAUACAUUCUAAGAGGGGAUGAGACGUACGCUGUGCUGCAGCGGCUUGUCAGCCAGGGGAAAAAGCUCUUCCUGAUCACCAACAGCCCCUUCAGCUUCGUGGACAAAGGAAUGAAUUACAUGGUUGGGAAGGAGUGGAGGGAGUUCUUCGAUGUAGUCAUAGUGCAGGCUGACAAACCCCACUUUUUCAACGACUGUGUCAAACCUUUCCGCCGUCUGGACAGCAACGGUGACCUGCAGUGGGACAAAAUCAGCUCCCUGGAAAAGGGUCAGAUCUACAAACAGGGGAACCUCGUUGACUUUCUAAGGCUGACUGGGUGGAGAGGAUCCAAAGUGCUCUACUUCGGAGAUCACCUGUACAGCGAUCUAGCCGACCUGAUGCUGCGUCAUGGCUGGAGGACUGGCGCCAUCGUGCCAGAGCUGGAAGUGGAGACCAAGGUGGUGAAUACGGAGCAGUACGCCCAGAGCCUCACCUGGCUGCAGGCACUCACAGGACUGCUGGAGCGCAUGCAGGUACAUCGGGACCUGGAGUCUCAGAAGGUUCUCCAGGACUGGCUGAAGGAGAGAGAGGAGCUCAGGGCUAUGACCAAGAAUCUGUUCAACCCUCAGUUUGGAAGCAUCUUCCGGACGUGCCACAACCCCACCUACUUCUCCAGACGCCUCUGCAGGUUCUCUGACCUCUACAUGGCCUCCAUCAGCUGCCUGCUGAACUACGACCUCAGCUACACCUUCUACCCCCGACGCACCCCCCUGCAGCACGAGGCCCCUCUCUGGAUGGACCAGCUGUGCACUGGCUGCAUGAAAACGCCCUUCCUGGAGGAGAUGGCUCACAUCCGCUAAGGGGGAGCGGGGCACGCAGACUGAGAAGAAACUCCAGUGGAACAGUGCUGCCCUGUUGGGGACAUCUCAAACUGCAAGAAACUAACACAUUAGGACAGGGCUUCUCAAACUCAGUUCUUGGGAACCUGCUGGUUUCCAUUCCAGCUGAGCUCUCAAUUACUUAAACCCUGAAUUGAAAUUAGCGUAAUUUAACCUUUGUACUUGUUCGCAGAGCCUUGGUUACAGAUUUCAAGUUACUUAAACAGUUGGAGAUUAAGUGAACUAUAACCCUGUAUGAGCUAAUAACACUUAAAGGCCUAAUUAAGCACAUUUAGUUAAAUGAAGGGUCUAGUUAUGUAAUUGAGAGCUCGGUUGGAAUGAAAACCAGCAGCCACUGGGGGUCCCCAGGAAUGGAUUUGAGGUUUACAAGAUUAGAAGAGAAGUCAUCAGUUGUGGGGUUGGGGGUAAGAGAACUAGAAACUUUUGGAGGAUUUAUAAAAAGGAUCAAAACCGGAUGUAUUUAAAAAAAAAAAAAAAAAAAAAAAAAAAAAAAAACUUUCACAGUGGUGAAAUUAAGCGUGGAAUGAAAGUGAAAAUUGCAAUUGUCUGUCGGACUUUGAAAAGAAAUGUAGAGUAGUUGACCAACCCUUUAACUGAUCUCUACGCCAUAGUGAGGAAAUGGGAAAGGCGUUGAGAAUAGCGCUCUUCUUUUGGGUGAGGACGCUGUAAUCAUACUGACAUUCUUUAAUUCUCCUUCCAUUUUGUUUUAUUUUAAUUUUGUUUUUUUAUUCAGGGUUUUGUUUUGAGGUGGGAAUAAGUACUGGCAACAUUGAUUUAAUUUUAAUUUUAAACUCAAGUUUAGAAUCUUUUUGUUUUGUUUUGUUUUUAUAACUGCCAUUCAAAAAUAAAUUAAUUAAAUUUAAAAAAAAAAGAGCCCACGGCAUCCAAACCUCCCAGAUUAAUUAAAUAAAACAGCCCACAGCAUCCAAACCUCCCAGAUUAAUUAAAUAAAACAGCCCACAGCAUUCAAACCUCCCCGUUUUUUGCUGUGUUUGUUUUAUUUUACAAGUUCAAGUAAAGUAAGCAGCAAAUGUCUGGGUUGGCCUAGUGGUGCCAUAGAGAGCUGCUUAACCUAAACAUAAUAAAUAAGGGG